CUUGUGUUUUAAUUGGGCCAGUCUAGUUGAACAUUGAAAUCGUAAUAAACAACACUGGAGUACGAUGUAUCUUUAUUGAAACUAGUUCAUUAUAUUGGUGAAUAAUUUAUUUAUCAGAAUGAUUUUCUAGUUGUGUAAUAAAUCGAUUUUUGUUAGAUCUUGGCAACCAGGAAUCAAGGUGAAGUCCAAUUCACACCUCCUCCUAGCACUCUUCGCCGUUGUACAGCCCUCGCUGACGCAGGACAACUCCAACCUCCUCAUGGAGCGGCUGACCUCUGAGUUCCUGAACGGCUCGCUGCCAGCCUACAACGAAUACCCUGAGGUCAACGUCAACGGACGCGUGUUCGACUUCAUCGUGAUCGGUGCCGGACCGGCGGGGUGCGCUCUCGCCUCCCGGUUAUCCGAAAUGUCCAGUAUGCAAGUACUACUCCUCGAAGCAGGCGACGAGGAAUCGCCAGUUGGUGAGGUUCCUUUCCUGAACGAAGGCAUGAUACUCACCUCGUACAACUGGGGCUACAAGAUGGAGAAGGAGGAGGGGGUGUGCAGGGGCGGGGAGGAGGGGAGGUGUAUUUGGCCAGCGGGCAAGGGGUUGGGCGGAGGCACGCUUAUCAACGCCAUGUUGUGGACUAGGGGGGACCCCAGCGACUUCGAUGGAUGGGCUGCUAAAGGUAUCGAUGAUUGGAGCUAUGCCAAGGUGCUCCCUUACUUUAUCAAGUCUGAAGAUAUGGACAUCGCUUCACUGAAGUUCUCCCGCUAUCACGGCACAGGGGGACCCGUACAUAUCAACAACCCAAGCUACGAAACAGAUCUGAUGAGAGCUUUCCUCGAGGCUGGAAGGGAGAAAAACUACAUGGAAGUCAACUACAACGACCCCAACCAAAGGAUAGGGUUCUCCAAAAUGCAGGCCACCUUAAGGAAGGGGCGCCGUUGGUCAGCUGCCAAGUCCUAUUUGAAGUCGGCACAGUUCAGGAAAAAUCUAGUGAUCAGUAAAAUGUCGUUUGUUACAAAGAUCCUUAUCAGAAACAAACAUGCGUAUGGGGUUGAGUUUUUAUCAGGGAAACAGUUGAAACAAAAGAAUGUAGUUUUUGCUAGAGAGGAAGUAAUUCUUUCAGCUGGGACUUUUAACAGUCCAAAACUGUUGAUGCUAUCUGGGGUGGGACCUAAGGAACACUUGGAACAACAUUCUAUCCCUGUUGUACAAGACCUUCCAGUAGGAAACAACCUACAGGAACACAUUUCUACAUCUGCGUUAACCUUUUUGGUGAAUGACACCAAUGCAGGUUUGAAAUGGGGACAGCCUCUGAUAGAAGCUGCUGGGGAUUUUACUGAAUGGUUAGUUAAAGGUAAAGGUCCACUGACAUUGUUAGGUUGUGAAGGGUUUGGGUAUGUGAGAACAAAGUAUGCCACAACUGAGGCACCUGAUAUUGAAUACAUAUUUGUACCAGCUUCCCUAGCUUACGACUGUGGAGCCAUCUACAGGAGGGCCAUGGGACUUACAGAAAAGUUCUUUGAAGAUGAGUUUGGGGAGAUUUGUUAUAAGACAGCUUGGACAAUUUGGCCAAUGUUGUUAUAUCCUAAAAGUAGAGGAACUGUGAUGUUGAGGAGUGGGGACCCUAUGGAUCCACCUAAGAUCCAUGGAAAUUUUCUGUCAGAUGAGCAUGAUUUGAAAGUGUUGGUGGAAGCGCUAAAAUCUGUAAUUUCCCUAAGCAAAACUUACGCAUUCCAAAAAUAUGCUUCUGAACUAUAUGAGAAACCGAUUGAAGGCUGUUCCGAUUACAAAUUCGCUUCAGAUGAGUAUCUAGGGUGUGCAGUAAGGCAUGUCACAACUCAGCUCCAUCACCAGAGUGGAACUUGUAAGAUGGGUCCUGACAAGGAUGUUGAAGCAGUUGUUGACCAGCGUCUGCGCGUGCGUGGGUUGACAGGACUCAGAGUUGCUGACACAUCAAUUUUGCCAAGUCUGGUUGGUGGUCAUACCAUGGCUGUGGCUUAUAUGAUUGGUGAAAAGGCUGCUGCAAUCAUUAAGGAUGAUCUGCUAGCUAAGUAUGGGCUAUGAGGUUUAUAAUAUACAGAUAAUGUCAUGGGAUUCAUCAGUUUGUGAAAAAACAUUUCCCAUGCAAUCUAUUUAAUAGCUCACGGUAUAAAAUAUAUUAUGUUCUCAGAAGAGUAAGUUUUUGUAAUUUUUUGAUAGGAUCAAUAACUUAAUCUCUAAUUUUCAACUCCAUACAAUAUAUCGGAAUAUGCUAUUAGUCAUGAAGAUUAUCUAUAGUUUUAUAAAUAGCCUACUUUGAAUUGGCUUCCUGGAUAUAUUUGUGGAAUGAUUAUUGUUUUUGAAAUUUAUAUUUUUAUAUUAAAAAUGUUAUUAUGA